AUGCAGCGCAGACAGAGCGCGCGAGGAGAGUGGAUUCCCACAGAGGGACAGUGGCCCGUGGAUCCUCAGGAAGACGUCGAGGUUUCGGAGCAGCGCAUAUGGGUCGAUGGCUGUUUCGACUUUGCUCACCACGGCCAUGCGGGCGCCAUGCUGCAGGCGCGCCAGCUGGGCAACGAGCUGUUCGUUGGUGUGCACUCGGAUGAGUCCAUCAUGGAGAACAAGGGCCCCACGGUGAUGCGCCUCGACGAACGUGUCGCCGCCGUCGAAGCCUGCCGAUGGGCUACCAAAGCCGUCCCGAGGGCGCCCUACGUAACUUCGCUGCCCUGGAUCACCCACUACGGCUGCCAAUACGUCGUCCACGGCGAUGACAUCACCUCCGACAGCGACGGAAAGGACUGCUACCGCUACGUCAAGGCAGCCGGAAGGUUCAAGGUGGUUAAGCGCACGCCCGGCAUCUCGACGACCGACCUCGUGGGUCGUAUGCUGCUGUGCACCAAGUCGCACUUUAUACCAUCGCUGGAGAAGAGGCUGUCCGGAGACGAGGGCCCGGGUGACGAGAAGGAGCGGUUAAAGACGGGAGAGGAGAUGCUUCAGCGCAUCAAGGACUACGCGACCGACGCCUCAGGUCGCGCGCCCGGCUGCGACGUGUGGUACUGGCAUGCUUCCCGACCCGUCAAGCUGCGGAGGACAACCACCAGCAACACCGUAACCUCGCCUACCUCGCCCACUGCGCCGCGCCCCGGCACCGUCCGCCAGGCCUCGACCGCCUCAGCACUCGGACCCGUCAAGGAAGAAAAGGGCAAGUUCCACGAGUUGGUCAAGGGCAAGGGCGUCAAGCCCGGCCAAAAGGUCAUCUAUGUCGACGGAGGCUGGGAUCUGUUCUCCUCGGGCCACAUCGAGUUCCUCCGCCUCGUCACACAAUCCGAAGAAGAAACCGCAAAGGAGGGCGGCUGGUACACCGACGAAGCAAAAGCAGCGCGCAUAGAAAAGUCCGGCGAGGACUACGGCCCCAUCUUCCUCAUCGCCGGCAUCCACGACGACGAAGUCAUCAACCACUGGAAAGGCAUAAACUACCCCAUCAUGAACAUCUUCGAGCGCGGCCUCUGCGUCCUCCAAUGCAAAUACGUUCACGCGGCCAUCUUCGGCGCCCCCUUCUCCCUCUCCAAAGCCUUCCUCCACACGCUCCCCUACGCCCAACCCCUCACCGUCUACCACGGCAAAACCACCUUCAUGCCCCUCGCCUUCGACCCCUACGCCGUCCCCAAGGCCCUCAACAUAUACCGCGAAAUCGCUAACCACGACUUCCAAAACGUAAACGCUGCGGAGAUUGUAGCGCGGAUUAUGAAGGGGAGAGCGUUGUAUGAGGAGAGGCAGCGUAAGAAGGGCGAGAAGGGGAUGACGGAGGAGGUGGAGAGGAUUAGGCAGGAGAUGGAGAGGGAGCAGAAGAGGAGGGAGGUGGAGGGGCAGUUUGGGCUGUAG